AUGUGGCAGGAGGAGGAGGAGGACUACCGCUGCCGGACGCCGACGAGCGGGGAGAGCCAGGUGAAGCCGCCGGGGACGUGCCCGCCGGCGCCGCGGAAGCCGCGGGCUCCCGCGGCCCCCGCGCCGUGCCGGAAGCGCCUGUUCGAGGUGGAGGCGUUCAGCCUGCGGCUGGAGGAGCUGGAACGCCUCUUCUGGCGCCCGCACCCCGCCGCGCAAAAGCCGCCGACCGCCCAGAAGAAGCGCCGGAGGGUGGCCUGA